AUGAACACUAUGAAAAAAAUGUCAGAAAGCAGGCAUUUCUCGUCUUAAUAAUAAGGUAUAAUUCAAUUAUAUAAAGAAGAAAGUAGUCCAUUAAUGAAUUAAUCCACAAAUUAAUCAACUAAAAAAAGAAACAAAAACAAAGAAAAUAUAAAUUUGUUUAAUGAAGUUAAUUCCUUACUCUAGUAUUACUAAAAUUCUAAUAUCCUCAAAAGUAUUUCAAUAUAUAUGUAAUAAGAAAAAACAUCAUUGCCAACUUCGAUGGUUUCUCCUAAGAAAAUGAUGGAUGAUAUAUUUUUGAAGCAAGUACUCUAAACAAGAAAAACUAAUAGCAGAAAUAAAGUCAGUGUUUCAUAAAACGUAGGAUAAAAAGUUUUAAGCUUAUCACCGAUAGAAUCAAAAUAAAAAUCAUUUACUAAAGGUAACUAAUUUCGUUGUGCAUAUCACGCCAAUAAGAAAGUAUAAAAAUUCUGUUAAAAUAGGCAAAAUUUUUUGAAUAUAAUCGUAGCAUUGGAGCUAUAUUUUAUUGUUCUGAGUGCUCUGUUGGAAAACUAAUUAAAGGAAAUAUUCUCUUUCCUGUUGAAAGCUAUCAAGUUAAACAGGUAUCAAAUAAAAAACGAGAAAAUCAGUCUGUUAGUAGAGCUAAUUUUUGGUCUGUGGACGAAAAUUCACUCUUAUCUAAUUCUCCCUUUUUAUUAGAGUCUACUGAUACAUUCACUAGUAUAACUGAUGAGACAGAAGACAAAGCUAAGGAAUUAAAGGACUUUUAGAAAUCCUUAUCAUCCUUAUAAUAAGAAUGCUAAUCAAUCAUUGAAAAUUCUAAAGGAAAUACUUACUAGACCCAAUUCAAUUCAUUAAAUACAGAGUUACAAUAAUUACUAUAUAUGAUAAAUAUUCAGUCAAUGAAAUUGUUGUAACAAUUGCAAUCUUAAAAUCAUUUAUAAUAAGUCUAUGAAGUACAAAAUGAGCUAAACUCGAUUUUAUCUGAUAUUUAAUCAAAUGAAUCUAAUAUACUCAAUAAUAUGUCAAUUAAGCCAUUUAAAUAAAUAAUGAAUGUAUUGUAUUUUCUUAUUGUAGAAAUAUAAGGAAAAAUUGAAAGGACAUACCUAAACUAUUAAUAAUUGCUCAAGCAGUCAAUAAAUCUUUGAAUUGGAUGAUAGAUUACAGAAAUUGAAUAAAAUUAAAAAAAUGCUCAAAACCAAUUUUAAAAUAGAAACAGAUGAAUAGGAAUUGUUAAGUACUAAAAGAAAACUUAGCAGUAAUGUUUAUAUUUCUUUCGAAAAUAAAGAAAUGUUCCUAGCGGCAGCAGCUGCAAAUAAAGCCAAUAGUGUUCAUGCCAAGGACGAACCUGAUUUAGUUCAAAUUGAUGAUAAAUGUCAUCUACUUGAAUCUCCUAACUUUAUUCAGAAUUGA